CCCACCUGCUCGCCCUCCAUCUAUUUAAACUCCCCGACCCUCCCCCCACCUUCCCUCGCUCGCUCCUCUCUCGCCCUGCACUUCGGCAUCCUGACUCCUCUGCUCCCCUGCUCCACCGCCGAUCGCCUCCUGCUCCUCGCGGCUAGCUCUCCGGCCAUGGCCUUCCAGUCCCCCGUCGGCUCCCCCUUCGACUGCCUCCUCAUAGACCUCGACGACACGCUGUACCCGGGCAACACCGGCAUUGGGCCAGCGCUGAGGCGCAACAUCGACGAGUUCCUCGUCGCCAGGUUCGGCCUCGCCGCCGACAAGGCCGCCGCGCUCCGCGCCGACCUCUUCCGCUCCCACGGCAGCACCCUCGCCGGCCUCGUCGCGCUCGGCCACGACGUGCACCCGGACGAGUACCACAGCUACGUGCACGGGAGGCUGCCCUACGACGUGAUCACCACGGACCCGCAGCUCGCGGCGGCGCUCCAGAGCAUGCCCCAGCGCAAGAUCCUGUUCACCAACUCGGACCGCGCGCACAUGAAGCGGGCGCUGGAGCGGCUGGGCGUGGACGAGGCCUGCUUCGACGGCGUCGUGUGCUUCGAGACCAUGAACCCGCACCUCUUCGGGGAGGAGCUGGAGGGCGAGGACGACGAGGCCGCCGCCGCCGACGUCGACCGCCCCGCCGUCGUCCUGAAACCGUCCGUCCACGCCUUCGUCGCCGCCCUGCGCGUCGCCGGCACAAACCCAGGCCGAACGCUCUUCCUCGACGACAGCGAGAGGAACAUCGCCGCCGGGAAAGCGCUCGGCCUCCGCACGGCCCUGGUUGGCAAGAGGGCGAGGAGCAAGGAGGCGGACUACGCGCUGGAGAGCAUCGGCGGCCUCCGGCGAGCCAUCCCGGAGAUCUGGGGCGGCGACGGCGAGCUCCAGCCCGACCACAACGUGGAGAAGAACAAGAGCAUGAGGGCCGACCUGGACGCCGUCAUCCAGCCCACCUCCAUCCAGGCCUGAUCGAUCGUCCUCAUCUCCAACAGCUCCAAUCCAGACGCAACAUGUCCAUAAUGUCUAUGUGAUCAUUCUGAUUGAUUUCUGAUGCAUAAUUAAUUAUGUGUGUGUACAGUUCAUAUGCAUGUACAGUAAGUGCCUACUAGUAGCUGAUGCAAAUCAAAGCAGUUUAAUUGUAAAGACAAAUAAUUCUGAUCAGCACCGUGUUGUAAAGCGAUGCAAAUCAAAGCAGUUUAAUUGCAGGA